GUGAUGUGAGAGACGACAGCAUCUGCUGCUGCCAACGUACGAACCGCACCAGCGGCCACUGCAACGGCACGGCAGUGACCAGCACCAACCGCAUUAGCUGCCGCGCCACCAACAAAAGCCGGAGCGCAUUCAUUGUCGCCGCCCGCGCCCGCCGGAGUUUAUUACCCAGAGGCCAGAGCUAGCCCCCACGCCACCGCCUCCCUCUUCAAUCUCCAUCCAUUUUGCAGCCUAUAGAAACCACAGCACUCAUCGCUCCUCGCUCCUACUCGUCUGCCUGUCCUCAUCUCCACUCACCACGGGAGGUCCUUAUGGAGGGGUCGUCGGCGGCGGCGAGGGUGGCGAGGGCGGGAGCUAAGGUGUGCGGGAAGGAGGAGAAGGUGGUCGGGGAGCAGAAGGCGCCGGGGAGCUGCCCCUACUGCGGCGGCGUCGUCACGGCCACCGACGUGGAGGCCAAGUGGGUGCUCUGCUUCCUCCCGCUCUGCCUCAAGAACAAGCGCAGGUUCUCCUGCACCGCAUGCAACAGGCGCCUCGUCACCUACCCCGCCAUCCUCCAUGACUAGGCUCCAGAGCUAGCUUUCUUCUCCCCGUUGUUGGUCUGGUUCCAUUGCUUGGAGAUCGAUUUGUCAUAGAUAUCCUGGCCAGAAUCGAGCGAUUUACUUUCCGUUUCCGGGACUGGAUCGCGCGCUGUUGUUACUCAGUUUCUUAGCUACCAGACGAGUGGGAUUAAAUUCAGUGGAUUAAUUGACCUUUAUCUGUU